AUUUACGGGUUGCAUGCUGCAUGUAAAGCUAAAACCGCCGUAUUGUCUGGUUAACACAUACUGUCUAUGGGUUAACAGGGAUACAUAAAGCUAAUUAAUUCAUCACAUACAGAAACAGUAGUGAACUUGGAUGUAUUAAGAGAACGGUGGGAACGUGAAAUGUUGCACGCUGCGGUUGUGCUAAACCGUGUGAAAAACAUAGGUGAAAAAUAUAGAGGCGAGAGUUCCUCCCUUUCCGGUGGACCUCGGACGCAUCCUACUGGAUAUUACUUCGAAACGUUUUCUGUUUGUCAUCUUGAAUGUUUCCUGUUUGUAUUUGCGGACCAGCCUCUUUUUCGAUGUCGUCUAAAGUUCCCGAUCAUUGUGCGUUUGGGCUUUGACACAAAUGGCUGGAAUAAUUCUCAGGAGAUGUGUGAGCAGGACUUUACUGUCAGCAUCUGGUGCAAAAGGCAUGAGAAUAAGAGGGACAAGCCGGUACCACUGGACAACUUUAAGAAGGACUGUCACUACUGGAGGAGCUGCAUUCCUCCUCGGGUUCCCCACACUAUCCUGUCUGGGUUAUGAAGCUUAUCACAAAGUGCAGAGUUCGGCUGUGGUCCACGCUUUAGAAAAAGAGGAGGUUUUGGAGCAGGCUGACUACCUGUACAGCUGUGCAGAGACAGAGAAGCUUUACCAGCUGCUGCUGCAGUACAAGGACAGUGAUGAUGCAGAGUUCCUGUGGAGGCUGGCCCGGGCGUCUCGUGACCUGUCCGAAAUGCCCAACAUGGAGGACGGACGGAAAAAGCAGCUGGUAUUCGAGGGCUUUGAAUACGCAAAGAAGGCCCUGGAGAAGGAUGAGAAGUGUUUCGCAGCACACAAAUGGUACGCAGUAUGUCUCAGUGAUGUCGGGGAAUACGAGGGGGUCAAGGUGAAAAUAGGAAAUUCGUACAUCAUCAGGGAACAUUUAGAGAAAGCCAUCGAGCUCAAUCCCAAAGACGCCACUUCGUUACAUAUUUUGGGUUACUGGUGCUUUGCCUUUGCUGAGCUGCCUUGGUAUCAACGCAAGGUUGCGGCUGUCAUUUUUUCAUCACCACCUACAUCCACAUAUGAGGAGGCUUUGGUAUUCUUUUUGAAAGCCGAAGAAGUUGAUCCAAACUUCUAUAGUAAAAACCUGCUAAUGCUCGGGAAAACCUACAUGGGCAUGAAAGACAAACAGAAAGCACUGCUCUAUCUAACCAAAGCAAAAGAGUACCCUGCUCACACACUGGAAGACAAAGAGGUCCAUAAAGAGGCUGUUGACCUCUUGAAGAAACUAGGAUGAAGCCGUUAUUACCACUGAGUGGAACAGGAUGCCUUUGGGGACUUUUGGACUCUUAAAAAUAGCAAAAGAAUGCUCCGUUUUAAAAUGGGAUUCUGUUAUUAUUAAUACAAUAGAACCACAGUAUUUGUAAUCAUUCAGCUUUUAGUUAAAUUAAACCAACACCAUGCAACGUUUGAUAUUGCAGACAUAUCGUAGAUAUCGUAGACAGGAUGUACAUGGUCUAUGUAUUAUUUCAUGCCUGAAUUCCUCUUCCACUGAAAGCUAGCUUAGGGGGGAGCACAUGCUGGGCUAAAUGUUUUAAAAUGUGAAUUUUGUCCCAUUUUUUUUUUUAAUUCAGAUUGGUGUUCUGAUGGAGGAAACAUGUGGGACGGUGAAGCAUACAACAGAUAUUAUACUUUGGGAAAAAAAAAAAGGAUUUUAAACUUAGCAGUUUGACUCAAGAAAUGUAACCAAUUUCAUUACCAAAAUGUAACUGGUUUGGCAAAUCAAAUGUCGAUUUUAUUUAAGUUGGCUAUACACAUGCAUAUUUUUUUCAGAUCAAAAAUAAUAAAAUAAAUGUUGGCCACAAAUGCA